CAACAACAUCAACAAUAACGACGCUCGAAACAUACAAUCGGCAGCCACAGUCUUCAGACCAAUCAGAACGCCGAAUUUUUGGUCAAAUAACGAGGUUCCUCAUAGUAAAGGGCCUUGUUGAUGAAUGCCUACAACUUUUGAUCCACUGGUCUUUUCGACAUGCGGACAACGCUGCUCUGUCGAGAGAAUCAAAAUCUCCGCUCGACUAACCCGCACGCAACAACAUGAGCGCUCGUCUGAACCUCUACACCAGUUACCGUGACGCUGAGCGCACCUGGCUCCACUCCUUCACUAGUGCCGCAGCAGCUACAGAAGACCCUGGUGAUCCAUCAACCAUUGAAGAGUGCUCCCUGCACUACGGAGAGCUGGCCUUCCUUCUCGCCGGCCUAAAGCCUUGUGUCCUGAUCCAACUUCCGACGCUAGAUCUAACCCUCAGUCUGUACCGUCAUGUCCUCCAAUCCCAAUGGACGCAGCUCCCUGCUUAUAAGCAACAGAGCUUGCAGCAACAACAUGAAGAUAUGCAGGAGGAGGAACACGCAUUAGGACUGCACUGUAAAAUGAUCACACAAAACGUGCGGUCGCCAGAGAUGCCACUUCAAGGAUGUGUCCUCGUCUGGGCUGACCAAACCGUUCGCUCUCAUCCACAAUCGGACCUGAUCCAACGUGGUAUCAAUCUUUUAUGCCCAUUAUCGCACUAUGACCGAGAAGACACAGUCCCAGGAGUGCAAUCUGUCAUAUCUGAAACAGAUUUAGCCAUCAUGCUGGAUCUUCCAGGACGAUUACCAGAGAGCGAAACUGAGAUGCACCAGAUGAUAGAGGUUUCAUAUUGGCAUCAGGAAGAGGUGGCCGACAUAGCAAAUGACAGUCCCUCAGAACCACAGCCGACGCUCCUAACAGCCUUUGCCGCACAACCAGAUCAGAUACCCAACGUGCAAUCUCAUUUCAAAAGAUACAGGGACGCUGUUCGUGAGAAGUAUGGGAUGCGGUUAAAACUUCAUGUUCAAUCCAUGGCCGACAUGCUAUAAACACAAAUAAAAGGCACACACACGAUAUUCGUGGUUUUCUGUUUAAUUGAUGCAUUAUGAUGGACUGGUAACUAUUUGGAAGACAGGAAAGAACUGUGGGAAGGAGU